GUAGGCGCCGCUUCGGAGCCCAAGUGCUCUCGCUCUUCAGUGAGGCCGCCCGGGGAGGCCGGCGGGCGGUGGGGGCGGGGCCAGCGGCGACGCCGCCCGAGUGCCGACGGGCCGCGGGCGCGGGCGGACCGAAGUUUCGCGGGCCCGCCUGCGGCGGAGCCGUUACCGCGGCGCGCCGGAAGUGGCCGUGGGCCGGCGUCCUGGCCGCGCCUGCAGAGAGCGAGCGCCCGUCCGGUCGGAGACGCCAUGGAGCCCGGGGCAGCCGAGCUGUACGACCAGGCCCUGCUGGGCAUCCUGCAGCACGUGGGCAACGUCCAGGACUUCCUGCGCGUGCUCUUUGGCUUCCUUUACCGCAAGACCGACUUCUACCGCCUGCUGCGCCACCCGUCCGACCGCAUGGGCUUCCCUCCGGGGGCCGCGCAGGCGCUGGUGCUGCAGGUGUUCCAGACCUUCGACCGCAUGGCUCGCCAGGAUGAUGAGAAGAGGAGGAAGGAGCUGGAGGAGAAAGUGAGGAGAAAAGAGGAGGCGGCGGCGGCAGAAGAGCAGGAGCCUGUCCCUGCGCCAGUGCAGGAGGUGGAGGUCAACGCCCCCACGGCCGUGGCCGCGGCCGCAGCCGCAGCCGCAGACGGGCCUGCGGAGCCCCCAGGCCAGCCGGGCACCGCGCAGGAGGUGGCCCUGGCCCCCCAGGAGGACUCAGAGCCGCCGGGCUCCGACACAGGAGCUGCCCAGGCCCCGAGGGAACCCCCAGCUCCUCCCAAGAGGCAGGAGCAGUUCCAGAGGAACCCCGACAGCUACAACGGGGCCGUGCGCGAGAACUACACCUGGUCCCAGGACUACACCGACCUGGAGCUCAAGGUGCCUGUGCCCACGCACGUGGUGAAGGGCAGGCAGGUCUCGGUGGCCCUCAGCAGCAGCUCCAUCCGGGUGGCCGUGCUGGAAGGCCAGGGGGAGCGGGUCCUCAUGGAGGGGAAGUUCACCCACAAGGUCAACACCGAGAGCUCUCUGUGGAGCCUGGAGCCGGGCAAGUGCGUGCUGGUGAGCCUGAACAAGGUGGGGGAGUACUGGUGGAGCGCCGUGCUGGAGGGCGAGGAGCCGAUCGACAUCGACCAGAUCAACAAGGAGCGCUCCAUGGCCACGGUGGACGAGGAGGAGCACGCCGUGCUGGACCGGCUCACCUUCGACUAUCACCAGAAGCUGCAGGGGAAGCCGCAGAGCCACGAGCUGAAAGUCCAUGAGAUGCUGAAGAAGGGGUGGGACGCAGAAGGCUCUCCCUUCCGAGGCCAGAGAUUCGACCCGGCCAUGUUCAACAUCUCCCCGGGCGCCGUGCAGUUCUAGUGUCCUUGCCGCCGGCCUCAGCCCCGCCCCGCCCUGCACUUCCAGACUGUUCCAGAGCAGGGCGGGGCUGCGCCGUGGCGGGGUGCCGGCCAGCAGGGGA